CUGGCAUGCUGUCCCCAAUCUAGGCUCCAGACAGGUGUGCGUGGUGCCUUUGGAAAGCCCCAGGGCACAGUGGCCAGGGUCCACAUUGGCCAGGUCAUAAUGUCCAUCCGCACCAAGCUGCAGAACAAGGAGCAUGUGAUUGAGGCCCUCCGCAGGGCCAAGUUCAAGUUCCCUGGCCGCCAGAAGAUCCACAUCUCCAAGAAGUGGGGAUUUACUAAGUUUAAUGCAGAUGAAUUUGAAAACAUGGUGGCAGAAAAGCGGCUCAUCCCAGAUGGCUGUGGGGUCAAGUACAUCCCUAAUCGUGGCCCCCUGGACAAAUGGCAGGCCCUGCACUCGUGAGAGCCUUGGCGCUGUCCCCUCCCUACCCAUGCCCACCAAUAAACCCUACUUCCUUGUCAAAAAAAAAAAAAA